AUGAUCUUACAUUUAUUCCCACUUCUUUUCCUUGUCACCGUAACCCACUCGCGUCAUGUUUGCGAGAUCCGUGAGCGAUUCCAAGGAUGGUAUGCAGGAGACGUGGUGAAUGUCACUCUAAAAAUACGGUCCAGCACUCCCGCCGAGGUGGUGUUAAAGAGUAGCAAUGGGAGUGUGGGCCAUAGCGUUCCUCGAGUCCGGGUCCAUCUUCGCAGAGAUCAGGUUCGGAUUUACGGAGAUGACGGUAAGAGAAAACACUCUUAAACAAAAAAAUAUUUGACCCUCUGACGGUUGAGAUUUAUUUCAGAGUCAGAGCUGUACAAGAUCAUCCGAAAAAAGCCCGUUGAAGAUGUCUUUCUGAAGAUCCAGAUCUUCAACGACUCCCUGGGCGUCAAAAUUAAUCGAAAUGAUGUCAACAUAAUCCACAACGUCACGCCAUUCAAUAGUUUUCAAAGUAAGUAAGGUCGCCUGAUUCUAAAACCGCCGGGAUUUUGCAAUCGCAGAUUUUGCAUUUUAUUAAACUUUUAUACAAAAUUGGAGUUGCCCUGGAUUCUGACCCAGUUACUAACUCCUUUUAGAGUACAACCAUGGUUUCUUGAAUGUCCACUAUGACAUUGACUCCACUACCGUGUACAAUGUAGAUGUCGAUGAUCGCGAUCGUCUCGACAAGUCGCUGAUCCCGAAGUCAAUCGAUUUCAGCGAAGGUGGGCUUCUUAAUAAUAUAAUCCACCAAACUACCCACUUUUGACGAUAAUUUUCUAAAAAUCUUAUCUUAGGCCAAUGUCUGAACGUUACCUUCAAUUCCUCGAACUCUCUUAUCGCUUUGUUGGACGAGAACGACGACAUUCCCCUUCAAGUCAACAAUGCUUACGAUAAUAUCAGCGCUGUGUAUCGAAAAAUGGUCGGGGAAACCGAUAAUUUCGGUCUAGAAAAUUACGAUUACGGCCAAAGCUCCUGUAACCAAUUUCUCCUCGAGUACACGAGAAACGGGACGCUUGUAACUACUUGCAGCAGGACUGAUCUGAUCCCUCAUCCCGAGAAAGGACCGCCGAACUAUCGACGAUUGGCUAUUGGCUCAGGCUUCGCUAGCAUUUUCAUGAGUUACAAUGUGACGAAGGGACCUUGUAAUGCCGGAUAA